AUGUCCCAGACUCUCAGAUCCUCGGUCUCUUUCUUGAGCCGAGCAGUCCGCCAACAGAGCCCGAUCGUGCGUCGAAGCUUUGCUACUACUCCUAUCAGACGUGCCGACCCUGUCCAAGACCUGUAUAUCCGUGAACUCGCUGCCUACAAGCCCGCCCCCCGCAAGGCCAACGAUGCCGAUGCCCAUGUCCAAAAGUUUGUCGCUCCCAGCGCCCCCCAGUCCCCCGAGGAGGCCGACAUCUCCGCCGACCUGAAGGCCUACGAGACCCAGGCUGUUGAGGUCGAAGGCCAGGGACAGGAGGCCGGCCAGCCCACUCCAGUUGAGGAGGACUGGCUCGAGAUGGAUGAGGAGAAGCCUGCUGCUCACUAA